AUGGCUGCUAAAAGAAGUAACGGAGGAGGUACUCCAGGCGACACAUUUGAGAACUUAUCUGAGGUUUUCAAAUGUUUCAUAUGCAUGGAGAAGCUGAAUAAUACCAGACUCUGCCCACAUUGCUCGAAAUUGUGCUGCUAUGAUUGCAUUACGGUAUGUGCUUUAAAACACUUUAUGUUGCUAGAAAUGGAUAACCGAAAAUCGACCACAAUGUCCUCAUUGUCGGUAUUGAGAAACAUAGUGGAUGCCUUCGCCUGUAAAGGUCCAAUUAUCAAUUUUCCUUCAGUUCCAUCCGCGUUGUUGGCGGGCCGGUUCUCUACGAAGGUUUCACCUUCUUUAGAAAAUGAUGAUCAUGUAGGUCUCAAGACGACCCUGCACACCUACGAACUCGUAAAUUGUCGUUGGGCGGACGAGGUCACUCAGCAGCUGGAUAAUCUGCAGGGUCAAAGCCUCUUGAUAAACAAGAGUUCCGGCAGUCGUCCUCAUUCCUCCGCCAUGAACUCGGAUAUAUGUGAGCCACACCGUGAACGACUCUCCGUCUUCUGCCAGACCUGUGACCGUGCAAUCUGUCAUGAGUGUGCUCUAUUUGAGUCCCGACACAGUCAGCAUACCUUUCGACCCUUGGACGAUGUCUACAAGGAACACAUUGAUCGAUUGCAGGUCGAAAUGGACAAACUGAAGCUUCGUCACCUGGAGAUGCGAUCGCUCAUUCAGGACGUGGAGGUGGAGUUGUUGGAUUCGCUGCUACAGGAGGUUCAAACGCAACUGAACUCGGCUUCGAAGGCAAAUUUAAUUUUUCGGUCCAUGGCCUUGUCAACGAUGUUCGCCGAAGUCCACAAGACUCCCAUGGCCUCCCUCGUCAGUGCUCCUGUCCCUGCUGAAUUUCAGAGUGAAAUUGUUCCUGCCUAUGACUCGAGCACCUUCGUCAUGCGCAACUUCACCCUCCUUCGACAACGUGUUGACCCCGUCUACAGCCCACCGUUACACGUCGGCGGCCUCAGCUGGCGUCUGAAAGUGUACCCAGACGGCAACGGUGUAGUCAGAGGCAACUAUCUGUCCGUCUUUUUGGAAUUGUCGGCCGGCAUCCGCGAACCUUCAAAGUUCGUUCAACAACAUACUUUUUGCCUUACUCGUGCUGUAGCUGAUCAAACCUCCGCCAUAAAUGUAUUGUCGUUAUAG